AUGAAGACAUUCAAUAAAGUUGCUGACGUUAUUCAGUGGCGAAAGAAUGAAAUUGGCUGUCGUGAAAAGGUUACAAUUGGUUUCGUACCAACAAUGGGUUGUUUACAUCAAGGUCAUGCCACUUUAAUCAGGAAUUCAAAGAAAGAAAAUGAUUUUACAGUUGUUAGCAUUUUUGUCAAUCCAUCUCAAUUUGCACCUGAUGAAGAUUUAGAUCAAUAUCCAAGGACAAUGGAAAACGAUGUUAAAUUGCUAGAAUCAUUAGGUGUGGAUGCAUUAUUUGCUCCAACUGCGAAAGAACUCUACCCACAAGGGAUUCCAUUGGAUGUAGAAAAGCAACAUGGCCCAUUUGUAACUGUUCUAGGCAUCAGUGAAAUGCUGGAAGGUACAACUAGACCAAACUUUUUUCGUGGUGUCGCCACUGUUGUAAUGAAACUUCUAAAUAUCGUUUCUCCGGAUUUCGCUUACUUUGGACAAAAAGAUAUUCAACAGUUUAAAGUUUUGGACGUCAUGGUAAAUGAAUUAUUCAUGAACACUAAAUUAAUAUUAGUUCCAAUUGUCAGAAAUGCUGACGGUCUUGCAUUGAGUAGCAGAAACAAAUAUUUAUGUGAUGAAACCUUAGAACUUUCGACAAACAUAUUCAAAGGCCUUAAUGACGCAUCUGAGAAAUUGAAGCUAAUCGAUUUGGGAGAAUCAUUGAGUCAUAGUAAGAUUACUUCUACUGUUUUAGAUAUCUGGAAGCCUUUAAUAGAAUCCGGCGAUUUCAAUGUCGACUACUUAUCAUUUGCUAAAUGGGAUACUUUGCAAGAGUUAGAGAACAUUACCUCCGAAGAUGUCAAAGCAAAGAUUGUCAUCAGCUGUGCAGUUUAUGUUACCGAUCGCCAUGACAAGAGUACCGUUGUAAGAUUGAUUGACAAUAUUAUUUGCCAAUAA